CACAGUCGUCCCGAGCUCCCUCCGGCUGCUGCUGCUUUCCCCUUCCCUCACACAUCCAAAUCCUUCCAAAUCCCGUGCAAAAGCCGGGAUCUUUUUCAAUUUAGCACUAGCGCUACAUGAGAUCAUGAGCUCCGAGGACUCGCUCAAGUCGCUGUCGCUCGACUACCUCAACCUGCUCAUCAACGGCCAGGCCUUCAGCGACGUGGCCUUCAGCGUCGAGGGCCGCCUCGUGCACGCGCACCGCUGCGUGCUCGCCGCCAGGAGCCUCUUCUUCAGGAAGCUCUUCUGCGGCCUUGACCCCAGCCACCAGCCGCCACCGCCGCCGCUCAACUGGCCCACCUCGGCAGGAGCGGGAGGCGGAGGCUCACGUGGCGGCGGUGGCGGCAGCGGAGGAGCCCCGGCCGCGCCGGAGCUCGUCAUCCCCGUCAGCUCCAUCCGCUACGAGGUUCUGGUGCUGGUGCUGCAGUUCCUCUACAGCGGCCAGGCAUCCGUGGCGGCGCCCAAGAGCGGGCCGCUCCCGGGCUGCGGCGCGAGAGGAUGCUGGCACACCCGCUGUGGCGCCGCCGUCGACCUCGCCCUCGACACCCUCGCCGCGGCGCGCUCCUUCGGCGUCGAGCAGCUCGCCCUGCUGGUCCAGAAGCAAUUGGAGAGCAUGGUGAAGGAGGCGUCCGUGGACGACGUGAUGAAGGUCCUCAUGGCGUCUCGCAAGUUCGAGAUGCAGGAGCUCUGGGCCACCUGCUCCCACCUCGUCGCGCGCUCAGGCCUCUCCGCCGACCUCCUCGCCAAGCACCUCCCCAUCGACGUCGUCGCCAAGAUCGAGGAGAUCCGCGCCAAGUCGCCGCUCAACUCCGGAGGGGGCGCCUCCGCGCCGCGCUCGCCCUUCCUCACCCACCACUACCUGCCCAUCAACAACGCCCCCUCCUCCGCCGCCGACCGCGACCACAAGAUCCGGCGCAUGCGGCGUGCCCUCGACGCGGCCGACAUCGAGCUCGUCAAGCUCAUGGUCAUGGGCGAGGGGCUCGACCUCGACGACGCGCUGGCCGUGCACUACGCCGUGCAGAACUGCAACCGCGACGUCGUCAAGGCGCUCCUCGAGCUGGGCGCCGCCGACGUCAACUCCCGCGCCGGCCCGACGGGGAAGACCCCGCUCCACCUGGCUGCGGAGAUGGUGUCGCCCGACAUGGUAUCUGUGCUCCUCGACCACCAUGCUGACCCCAAUGCCAGGACGCUCGACGGCGUCACCCCGCUGGACGUGCUCCGGGGACUCACCUCGGAGUUCCUCUUCAAGGGCGCCGUGCCGGGGCUCACCCACAUUGAGCCCAACAAGCUCAGGCUGUGCCUUGAGCUCGUGCAGUCAGCGGUCAUGGUAACAACGCGCGACGACGGCGGGGGUGGCGAUGGCGGCGGUGCUGGUGGAAGCGACGGCGGGAAUUUCGCUCGUGCUGACGCCGACGACAGCCUGGUGAGCCUCACCAUGAACUCCACGCUCAUGUACCAGGGCCAGGAGAUGGCAGCGCCGUCGGUGGCUGGCGAGGCUAGGAAUAAAGGAAACAACAACGGCCGCGCGAGCCCCUCCACCUUGUACUUCCCCAAUGGCUUCCCGUGAUUGUCAUCAACAGCUCCGGCCGUGUCAGUCUAGCUCGUCCUUCCUGUCACAGAUAUCUCCAUCGUCUUCCUCAAGCUCAAUCGAUGUGUGCUGUCGAAUUAAAUUUGUGGUUUGAGAUCGAUCGACGCAUAUGAUGAUGUAGCACUGUAUCUCUAGGAAUUGAAAGGAUCGACAUAUGAUCGAGUAUGCAUGCAUGGCCAAGAAUUUCAUGGUAUUUGAUGUGGAUU